UGUGCAAUAUGCACUCGGAGCAAAGAAUUGUUAUUUAAGAUAUUGCUGUACUUUUUCUAAAUUGUAGUUUCAGUCCGAUAUUCACGUUAAAUUAAGGCCCCGAAUAAAGAUUUUCCUUUAAUUAUUUCCUUAUAUUCAUGCAAAAUUAUUUUUUUUAAUUUAUUAUAAAAUCAUGGUGCAAUUAAGGCAAGGCCCAGAAACUAGCCAUGAACAGCACAAACACCGCCGCAUGCAAAUCAUUUAUGCCAGAAAUAUGCGCGAACGGCAAGUAUUCAUGGAGGAACUCAAAGAACACCGCAAGAAAAAACAAAAACAUAUUUUAAAAAUGAUAAGCGACUCUAUUGGACCAAAGUGGUAUCAUGCCUUUAGCGUUCCACAAACAGUUGCGUUAGACUCGCUGCAAUUAUCUAUAUAUCAAGAUUUACUAGAAGGGCGGCCCGUACGAACUGCACGAGUUAUGCGAGAGUUAGGGCUAUAUCCUCGUCCAAAUAUGACAGACCUAAUGAACUGUGUCUAUUUAGGGCGUGAGGAUCCCAAAGAGAUGCUGGCACAAUUAUUCUUGAUGACCUAUGGCCAUACCAUCGAUGGGAAAAAGUCUUCAUACUGUUUAAACGCCAGGCUGAUGUUGUCCGGUAUUUUAUACCUAGGUCUGGACAAAUUGUUAGCUUUGUUACGUGAAAGAUUUCGGCCUGAUAUACCGAAAAAGAAACCGAAGCCAAAACCAAAACCUAAGAAUGAACCACCGCUGAAAUCCCCCUAUUUACAGAAAAUGGUUGCUGUACUUUAUAAACCCCCAGUCUAUGAGCGACCUAGGCCACCGCCGCUACCUAAUUUAAACGAUCUAAAUGACCCGUAUGAGGAAGAACCGAUGAUACCUAGAUCUACUCCUGCACUUCCGCCACCUCCGCCACCUAAAAAACGGCUUGCGCGGUCAUAUUGUGAUAAGAUAGCUGGUGUUAUGCCUAUAGAGCCUUAUUCUUCAGUAACUGCUUUAUCUAUGAAAACAUUUAGGCAUAUUAGUAAUCGCCGAAUACGGGGUUCAAAAUUAUGUCUUAACCAGGUGAAGAAGACAUAUGGUAUAAAUAUGGAAAACAGAAAAAAAAAUAAUCGACGUCGGAAACCUGUGGCACCGAGCACGGGGAUGUGGAAUUCUCAAUAUGUUAUUAAUGGUGUGUACAAUAUCCAUGGUAAGACAGUAUACGUAGUUAGUGCCGUGUCGAUAUUGCCACCGGUUGGUAAUCUUAUUCAUGGAGGUUAUACAUACUUCAAUGGAAAUUAUAUAAAUAUACAUUGUGGUUUCGCUGCACAGCCGCCACCACCGAAACCCGGCCCUUGUGACUGUAUAAAGAAAUGGCAGGAUACGGUGUUCCAAUAUAUAAGAAUGACGAAGUGCUACUGCGGUCACCGUUAUGACUACGGCAAUGAAGGUACUUUCCUUCCGGAGGAUCCGCCGUUCUUUCAGAAACCGACCCGAAAUGCACCAUUUGAGUUUAAAUAUCAAACAAUUUUCAACAUCGACGAAAAACGUAUUCAUAUUGAGAAAGAACUCAAGAGAGUUUGGGAUACAGAUAGUGUGCUUCAUGUUGAUGACGGUACUGUUAAAGAUAAAAAAGAGAAGAAGAAGAAAAGAACAAGAAAGUCGUCGACGACUUGCCUGGGACAGAACCCUAAGCCUGAAGACUAUUUAAAAUGUGCUCUGAGGUUAAUGCGGCGGGUUAAUAUAGCUGCACGUUUGCCAGAUGUUCAUAUAGUUCCAGAAUUAAAAGAAUGGAUGCGUCGUCGUAUUUAUGGUCCAUAUUCUAGCACUGAAAAAUCUACGAUGUUACGGAAGAGUUCUAUAUAUUGGCAAAUAUUCCAAACAUUAGCUGCUAAAGGAUUCGGUCAUGUGGGACCAGUGAAAGAUCCGACCUAUGCGGGCCAUACAACUUGGGUACACAAACAGGAUUUAAACGAAAAAUUCCAGAAAUUUACACAUGAAUACAAACUACAACUGUUUAGAUCUCAAGCAAAAGUUAACAACUUAAUAUGGCCUACAAUGUACCAAGCUGCAUUUCCUGAUAAAAAGUUUAGAGAAAUAUACUUUUCUUAUCUGGUCCGGCGCAAAGAAGACAUGUAUAUAAUGCAUCCAUACAGUUCCAAAGAAUCAGUAGAACGAAAGUUAAUAAUAGCGAAAAGACGCUACUGUUGUCCUCCAGCCAGUAUCGACUUACAGGAGUAAUGAUUGUGUAUACAUAUAGCAAAUAAACAAUAUUUUGAACUCUUUCGCUUUCUGAAAU